AUAGGCGGAGGAACAGGUUUCAUCGGAGGAGCCUUAACCCAACUGCUGAGGAACAAAGGUCAUGAGGUUGGACACAUCUCCAGGAACCCUGGAGCUGGGAUCACCUGGACGGGUUUAGCAGCGAGGGGUCUACCUCCUUGCGAUGCAGUGGUCAACCUGGCUGGAGAGAAUGUGCUCAACCCUUUCCGGAGGUGGAACAGGAAGUUUAAGGACGAGGUGUUCAGUAGCAGAGUAGACACCACGAGGACGCUGGCGAGAGCCAUUGUGGAAACUCGGACCCCUCCCCAAGUCUGGCUCCUGGUCAGCGCAGUCGGAUUUUACCAGCCCAGCCUGACUGUGGAAUACGAUGAGGACAGUCCGGGCGGAGACGCGGAUUUCUUCUCCCGCUUGGUCCGGGAUUGGGAGGGAGCUGCCCGACUGCCUGAGCACACGGCCCAGCUCGUGCGUCAGGCGGUUGUGCGUUCCGGAGUGGUGCUGGGAAAGGACGGAGGGGCGCUGAAGCAGAUGAUUUGGCCGUUCUGGCUGGGCGUUGGGGGAGCGAUCGGCUCCGGACGCCAGUCCUUCCCCUGGAUCCACGUGGAGGAUAUGAGCGGGAUCCUCGCCCACGCGCUGGAGAAUGACUCGGUCCGGGGGAUCCUGAACGGCGUGGCUCCCACCCCGUGUACCAGCCGCCAGUUUGCGGCAGCGCUGGGUUCCAGCCUGGGGCGCCCCGCUGUGCUGCCGGUGCCAGCUCUUGCCUUGGAGGCAGUGCUGGGCGCCGAGCGGGCGGUCAUGCUGCUGGAGGGGCAGAGGGUGGUGCCCAGGCGCACCCUGGAGAGCGGGUACAAGUACCGGUACCCCGAGCUCGCAGCCGCCCUGGACAACGUGGUGUCGGGGGGGUGA